CUGAGUUUGCAGUUGAGUGCGCCAGGGCAGCACGGCUGGAUUAUAUAACUGUAAGGUACUCACGGGUUUAAUGGCGCAAGAACAGAAUAUCGCGCCGCACAUCUGUGGAUUCAUUGCGGAAUUAUACUGAAGUCGCAUGCGAGAUAAAGAAAUGGAUCAGGGUGGACUAAAGCGCAACGGUAAUCAAGACGACAGCCUGACAUUUGGGGUGACAGGAGCCGGAGUAGGCAGAGAUACGGAUGACACAGCUGGUUCACGGCUCCAGUCUGCAACGCACCUGUCUGGCCCCGGAUCGCUGCCCCAGCCCACAGUGGCCCCAAAUGGACAGGGUGAAACCAAAGACCAGGGGGAGCUUGGAGGCCUCUUUGAGUCCCCUCAGCAUCAUGUCCUGUGUGAGGGGUCGGACGUAGAGGAGGGUAAAAUCAUCAAAAUGCAGAAACAACACCAGGAUAUUGGUGUUUUCAACAUGGAGGACAACUUGCCGCUGUUGAAACAGAGUAUUUCCGAUCUCAACCAGAUGUCCACCUCUGUCAUCAGCACCUCAGUCUCCUCCAUCCUUGGCAACCUCCCUCUGCCCAACCUUUUUUCCCAGCACAUCAAGCAGGAGGGGGAUUUUUCUCUGGAUAAAGACUUGGAAACUUACAGCGGACACACAGUCACUGUUCCGUGUGAUCUGGAUGGCAACAGCAGUGGCCUAAUCGAGGAUUCCGAGAUUUGGCAGGACCUGGACCUUUCUAAUUCUCUGCCAGAAAUCAGUGAUUUUGAGUUGGAUUCAGAAGUGGCCCACUUGGAUAACAUCCUAAACUACAGCAGGGGUGGUGGUGGUUCGGUCAGUGGCUUGCUAAAGGAAACAAAGCCUCUCGUGGGUAAUGGAGUAAACUGUACCAAUGUGAACGGCACGGGCCAGCACCACCCCCCCAUAACCCAGCAGCACCGCCUUCUACAGCACCAGCAACAUCAGCUUCACCAUCAGCAGCAGCCUGCAUCACUUCUCUCCAGCGUUAUGAUUAAGGAAGAGAAGGAUCCCGGCGACUCUUUCACCCACAUCCGUACUCCCGGUGUUGUGAAACUGGAGAAGCAGGACAGCGCUGGUUGCUGCCAGUCGCAGUGUCUCCAGAGCAGCAUGAGCUCUCUCCAUGGAGGAGGCGCCAUGCCCUCAUCUAUGGCCCUCAGUGCAGGACCUAGCUACCACUACAGAGCCAACCCGUCCUCCACAGUGUCCCGACAAGACCAGGAGCCUUUUGGCAAUUACCCAAACCUCCCUCUGGUGGGGGAGAACUGGGCCAGGGGCAACAGUUUUGGAGAGUUGUCCGGGUUACAGAGGGGUGACGAUGGGAUCCCCUCUGCCGCAGCCGUGGCAAAUUUUUCUGUCAGCUUCUCCAGCUUGUCAACCAGAGCAGGAGAGACCAGCAGUUCUGUGGUGCCAAGCCAAUCCAAGCCCAGUGGGCAGACGCAUAAGAUCUGUUUGGUGUGUUCAGACGAGGCCUCUGGGUGCCACUACGGGGUUGUAACCUGCGGCAGCUGCAAAGUGUUCUUCAAGAGGGCCGUCGAAGGAUGGAGAGCACGACAAAAUACAGAUGGACAGCACAACUACCUGUGUGCAGGGAGAAAUGACUGCAUCAUUGAUAAGAUCCGGAGGAAGAACUGUCCAGCCUGCCGCUUCAGGAAAUGUCUUCAAGCUGGAAUGAACUUGGAAGCGAGGAAAAACAAGAAGAUGAUGAAAGUGCCGCGGCCCCCCCACCCGUCCCCAGUCGUCCCCACCAUGCUGUCUAUGCUUAAGGCCAUCGAGCCAGAGGUAAUCUACUCGGGCUAUGACAGCACACUGCCUGACACCUCCUCGCGGCUGAUGACCACUCUCAACAGGCUAGGGGGACAGCAGGUCAUCUCUGCAGUCAAGUGGGCCAAGUCCCUGCCAGGUUUCCGCAACCUGCACCUGGAUGACCAGAUGACAUUGCUGCAAUGCUCCUGGCUCUUCCUCAUGUCCUUCAGUCUCGGUUGGAGGUCCUAUGAGCAGUGUAACGGUACCAUGCUCUGCUUCGCCCCUGAUCUCGUCAUCAACAAAGAACGUAUGAAGUUGCCCUUCAUGAACGACCAGUGUGAGCAGAUGCUGAAAAUCUGUAAUGAGUUUGUCAGACUGCAGGUGUCCUAUGACGAGUACCUGUGCAUGAAGGUCCUGUUACUGCUCAGUACAGUACCGAAAGAAGGCCUGAAGAGCCAGGCAGUGUUUGACGAGAUCAGGAUGAUGUACAUUAAGGAGCUGGGAAAAGCCAUCGUCAAGAGAGAGGAGAAUGCUAGUCAGAACUGGCAGCGUUUCUACCAGCUAACUAAGCUACUGGACUCCAUGCAGGAGAUGGUCAAGGGUCUUCUCCAGAUCUGUUUCUACACCUUUGUGAAUAAAACCUUCAGUGUGGAAUUCCCAGAGAUGCUGGCAGAGAUCAUCACCAACCAGAUACCAAAAUUCAAAGAUGGGAGCGUCAAGCCUCUGCUGUUUCAUCAGAAAUGACUGCCUUAAAAUGUGAAGCAAUGCCUUAAAUCCUGCCCUGCCCGUGUACCUCUCUGGGGCCCCAAGCUUUCGCCCCAAGCCCUAAGCCUUUGCUUGUCCUGCUUCCCCCAUCGCAUUCGAUUCCUCUGUUUUCCCGGUCCCUCUCUAGGAGUUCUGCCAUGCCCAUCCAAGCCUCAGCCAUUCAGCCUUAUCAUGGAGCACAAUACCUGUGGCCUCACACCUACCAAUCUGGUCCCAGGUUGGGCCAAAUUUCGGUAAAACACCCUACCACCGACCUGUAGCCCUUCCUCUUGGCUAACCAAGAAUAAAUUGUUCUCCAGGGAAAAUGUGUUUGCUCUGAAUGUCCUGUGGGCAGGAUGCAUUUUAGGCAAUCUAUUUUUUAUUUUUCUAGCCCCCUUACCCCCUCCUCCGUCCAGGGCCCUGUCCUCAGGUUUCUAAUGCUGUUUCUUUUGUUGGCCGCCUGCUUCUUACUCUCUCCUGACUCUAGUGUUUUAUUGCUGUUUUUACUGACAAGCCAACACCUGGAAACACCUUUCCAUCCUCAACAUGACACCUUAUAUACUGUCCAACUCGCUGGAUUAGAAACCUAUUGAAGCUCCUUCCAAGUUCAAGCCUACUGUACCUCUGCUCACCUGCCCCGCUUGUCUCUGUUUGCCCUCCCUAGCUCCAAUGCGCAGAGAAUGUAGUGAGUGUUCACUUGUUGUGGUUUCCAGAGGGCUGUUGGUGAUGAAGGGGAUAAACAAAAACACAAAAAAAUUGGAAAAAUAUUUUUUCUUCUGGACCCAAGGACAUUGAGGACUAACAGUUUGAAGCUAUGAAUCAGAUAACAUUUCUGAAAAGAUAUGCAUCAGAUUCAUAUACCUGACCAAUGGAAGAAACGCUCUAGGAAUUUAUUCAUUUAUUUUAUGCAGACACGCAUUUUUGACCACACAUGCAAAAGUCACGCUUACACACACACACACACACACACACACACACACACACACACACAAACAUUCAAAGUAUUCACAGACAUAUUCACUCAACAAAACGUUUACACAGGAUGUAACUGAGAAGGGAAAAACAGUGCCUUUUAGCUAUUAAUGCUCUUCAUAGCCAUCCUCUCUGAACGGUGUUUUUUUUGCAUAAGAAUCUAACUUUGACAUAUUGUUUCUGUUUUUGUUUUUCCACGCUAGCAGCUUUCUCUCCAAGCAGCCGUUUCUUUUGUCCUGAUCCCCAGAUAUGCAUGUAAGGAACACAGCCUAUGGUACAGAUUAGAAAUGCAUAGAGCAGUUUGACAUAGCUUAAUUUUGCAUUUUCAAAUUCACAGAAAAAAAACAGGGAAAGUAUAAAACAAAAAAUGCUGUUCAUGUCCCAAAAUAUAUUUUAUGUGUCUUUUUUUCUCAUGUAGAGUAUAUAUUUGAUAUAUAUAUAUAUACACACACACACAUAUAUACUGCAUCUCCCAAAAAGUAUCACAUUGUUAUACAAAGUUUCAGUACCCAGAUUAUAUCAACACAUAUAAUGUUAAAUACACAGCCACAUACUUUAACAAGCUUAUAAGAAAGUGCAACCACAUUGGUGCUAAAUGGACACUACUGGAAUAAACAAGGCUUAUCUGAUGUUUUGUAAUAUUUCGGGGCGGUGUUUAACAUGUUUUUAGAUCUCAGUAUAAUCAGUGAGUUGUUAAUUGGAAUCAAAUUUGUUAACUGACUUUUGCAAUUUAUUCAGAUGCAAUCACACAUAUGGGUUUUUAAAACUAAAUUGCCUUUGAAAGAAAUAUCCAAGGCAUCUGUGUGUUAAUACAUAGCCGUAAUGAUUCAAGAAAACCUGGCUUAAAGUUAAAAUCGUCCUUUUAUUGCCAGCUGCUUUUACGCUAGGGUUCUAGUUUAGUAAAUGGUUUAAACAACUUUACUUUAAAAUGGGGACUUACCUGGCCAAUCCCAAUAAGGUCAAAUGGGAAUGGAAAUUAUUUCAUGGUGUGUGUUGUAACCAACAGAAGUAAUAGACUGGUUGGAUUUUCAUAAUAAGGUACCAUGAACAUAUGUUCUGCUCCUAAAAGGUAAACAAAAACACAUUUGUGACAAAAGUAUUGUUUCACUCAAAAUACCAUUUUAGAUAAAAUAUACCUUUUAAUCAGCUUCACCUCAAAUUGCAUAGGAAGUGGGGUUAUUAAAUUGUUGAGCUCAACAUGGCUGAAAAGGUAAAUACAUUUAAUUUAUAUACAUACAUACAUUUGUUUUGUAUAUGUGAUGUAAAAAUACAUACACCUAUAAUUGAUGGAACAAGAUUUCACCUCCUAAAUUGAAGUAAUUUUGGAAGAAGAUGCAGUUUGGUCCCAAUAACUAGUGAAUCAAUGUUCAAGGCUAUGAGUGACUUCAUCACUUGUAUGUAUUCCACUAGUGCCAAAUGUUAUAUCAAGUUUUUAUAAGUCUUUUCCUGGAGAUGUAAAAGAGUGAUUAUUCAGUUAAGAUUCAACAUUAGUUUUUUUUUGUAACUUUGCUUCAGAGUGCUCAUUUAUGAGAAAGAUCUUUGUUCAGUGUCACACCUACACCAGCUUAAAAGUACUGAUUGUUAUCAUCCAAGUUAAGUGUAUCAUUGAUGAUUUUUGUUGUUGAGAUGCACAAAUAUUGUAUUUUUGAAAUUGCAAAGUAAGCAGUAAUAUAUGCUGUUGUCAAACAGGUGGAGGAGGUCAACAUUUGGUUUACACUUAAUAUGAACAUGAUGCUUGUAAAGCAAAGUACAUUAAAGGUGCAGUUGUACAUUG